UCCAAGUGUCUAAUAAUCUUCUAUCAGGAUAAUUAACUUUUAAAAGGUUUUUACGACAAUCUAUCCAUCAAAUAGCUGCUGCCUUAUUUUGUGAGUUUUUUUGCCUAUUCGGGCUCCCUAUGUUUUUAAGAAUAUGGUCAGCGGUAACUCGAAUGCUAAUCACUAUAGCAACAAAAAGGUUCAACAGAGAGAAGGAAAGAUGGCGCACAAAUACGACUUGCUUCUUGUAAAAACUCAAAAAGACGACAAGAAACGGCUCCAACCAUGGUAUAAAGAGCGUUUACAGACCAAGUACAUCCAGCCUCGGUGUAAGAGAGGCAAGUCGGAUACUCUUGUAGGCUCACAAUGGACAUUUCUAGAGAGAGGAUCGGAUGACUUUAGAGAUGGUUUACCUCCAGAAGCUUUUUACAACUAUGUCAAACGGAAUGACCUUGGGUUUGGUCCAACUUUGACUGGGUCAGAACAGUCUUAUGACGGUAAACAGGAAAUGAAAAAAUUCACAAAAACAGAGGCAGUCUAUUCCAAAGCUCUCCCCCUUCAGCAACAGCGUAGAGAGCAUGUGGAGGACAUAGAAUUCAACCUGACACAGCACCCGCUUGCACUGUUCCCUCAUUUAGAGGAGUCCCUACCUCCAGAUGUCUUUGAGGACGUGGUGGGAGUGCUAGAUCCAGAGAUGAACAUUGACAGUGAUGCAGAAGAUGACACAUUUGAGGAUACGACCGAAGAUAGUGAAGAGGAUGCCAAGCCAGCGUCUGUGCGAGGCAGUCAGUCCGCAAAGAGUAUGGACUCCAAACAAAGCAGUGAGAGUAGACAGAGCAAGAGGCCGACUUACAAAUGGUUACCCAAGCAUGACGAGAAUCAGAAAGAAGAGAGAGCAAGAGCUAGCAGGAAGAAACCAGACUCCCCUACAACGGAUACAAGAAUUGAGGAUGUAACAAGGGAAUUCUGUAGUUGGGUUGCAGGGCUGGGAGGAGAAAGCAAUAACAUAGAAGAAUCAACUGUCAUGUCACUAUUUGCAAGCGGUUAUGAAACCAAGCCAGCUUUGUCAGUGCCCAUUCACGUAGUGGAACUAACUAACGUCCCACCAGAGCUUAGAAUGAACACUGGUUCACCCAGCAAACCUAGUGAUACUCGGAUUGCAGACACCACAACCACCAAGCCAUUUCCUGGGUACCAGCCAAGUUGGGUAAAAGUCAAGUAUGGCGCUUGGUACCUCAACCCAAAAACAUGGAAGGCGCGACCUGAUCAGGAGCAGUUACUCGACCCUAAGGAACAACAGGACAAGACCCUGUCUGAAGCAAAGGUCAAGAGCCAGAAGUUGGACGCGGUCCUUGCAACGAUGCACGGAGCCAAACUGCUAAAAGACUUCGUAGACCGCAAAAACACGCGCGUACCUGAGUUUCUAAAAGUAGUGGAGCAACGCAGUCAGCAGCAGCAGCAACAAAACCGAGACCAAGAGCCACUAUACAGUAAAACGCCAGACACAAUGGAGAGACGGAGGUCGCGGGGAAUGACAUCCGAGAGGAGCUAACACCCAGCACCCCUUAUAGACCACGCCCUGUAUAGAGACGAUGUCACCCUGCCAUACGUUUCUUUAAAAAAAGGGGGUUUGCAAACGUUCCUGUGGUCUUGUAACGAUAAUCAACUUAAUCAAGCAUUACGCGAGUUCUAAAUAGAUAUUUGAUCAAACGGAUAAAAGAACUUAUUUGAGCCGCUAUUUGUAUAUACUGUAAUAUAGUAAUGAAAAUAAUAAAUAUUUUUAAUAUUAAA